CGCAACGGUCGACGAGUAAAGCAUCGCACUUUUGAUUUGAGUAGACUCAGAACACACAGUGAGAGAGAGAGAACUCAAAAAUGGUGGCGGCAGCAGCAGCAGCAUCAUACGAAGAGAGUCGCCGGAAAAGAAUGGAAGAAAACAAAAAGAGAAUGGAAGCUCUCAAUCUUCAUCAACUUUCUCAAUCCCUUCACAAAUCAUCUUCCUCCGCCGUUUCAAAACCAUCCCCUUCCAAACCUCGCACUCGCACCAUCCACAAAGAGCUCGUUGUUGUCCGACGCUCCAGCCGUGUCGCCAACUUGCCUACUCCCAUUUACAAAGAAGUUCUUAUUGAUCUACCUAGAAAUCGAAUUUCAAGAGGAGGUUAUAACAAGUACAGGGAUUAUUCGAAGAGAGUGUAUGCUUCCGAUGAAGCUAGAGAGGAAGCAUUGGAAAAGGCGGAAAAGUUACAAUCCGAUUUAGAUUCUGAUCAUCCAAUUUUUAUUAAGUCGAUGCUUCAAUCUCAUGUCACUGGUGGAUUCUGGCUGGGCCUUCCGGUUCAUUUCUGCAAGGAACACCUUCCAAAACAUGACGAAGAGAUGACUUUGAUCGAUGAGGAUGGGGAGGAGUCAAGAACUACAUAUUUGGCUAAAAAAACAGGACUUAGCGGUGGAUGGAGAGGUUUUGCUAUUGCUCAUAACCUUGUUGACGGAGACGCUUUAAUAUUUGAAUUAGUUAAACGCACUGCAUUCAAGGUGUACAUUAUUAGAGUGAAUGGUCCUUCGGAGGGUAAACAACUUGAGUGAACUGCAGUUAGAGAUUGGAGGCAGUAAAAUUAAUCUAGGUGUACAUUAUUAGAGUGAAUGGUCCUUCGGAGGGUAAACAGCUUGAGUGAACUGCAGUUAGAGAUUGGAGGCAGUAAAAUUAAUCUAGGUUUUGAUUCAAUUGUGUUUUAAAUGGAUUUAACGUCCACUUCAUCUGGAAUUGGUGAUAUUCAUUCGACUGAAGCAUCUGGAAGUGAACCAUUGACUUCAUCUGAUAGUUCUCAAUGUUGCCACCCUGACAUUAAGAAAUCAUGAGACACUUUAGUAUUUCAUUCUAUUAAAGAGGUUGAAGAUUUCUAUGGUCAGUAUGCAUAUAAAACUGGAUUUUCAAUCAGGAGUAUGUUGAAGUCGAAGAAUAAUUCAAAGAAUAAGAAGUCGGAUAAGAUACAUUACUUACGUUAUGUUUGUAACAAAGAAGGUUUUAAGAAAGGAAGUUUGCUUAAUCCGAACAACAAGCCAAGAUCAGACAGUCCGGUUGUUAUUGAAUUUGAAAAAGUGAAAGAGAGACCGGAGGAAAGGAUUGGUUGUAAAGCUGGAAUAUAUCUGAAGUUGGAUGAAGCAUUGAAUGUUUAUAAGAUAUAUAGAUGGGAAGGGACACACUGUCAUCAACUACAUAGAAAAGAGCAUCACCGUUAUCUCAGAUCAUUCCGAGAAGUAAAUCAAGUUCAAGGACAACUUGCUUUAAUUAAUUCUAAAGCUGGAAUGUCGAUGAGGACGUCUUAUGAAGUCAUGGGUCAAGGAGUUGGAGGCACGGAGAAUCUCCCAUUUCGGUUUUCGGACUUAAAGAAUUAUUUGAUGACAAUUCGUUCAAAGGAGAUGAUGAGGGGUGAAGCAACUGUAAUUCAAGAGUUUUUUAGGAAUGAAGCUAUGUCGAAACCAUCUUUUUACUAUGAUAUGCAAGUUGAUGCUGCAGAAGACAUAGCUAGCAUUUUUUGGGCAGAUGGAAUUAUGCAACUGAAUUAUUCUUUAUUUGGCGAUGUCAUCAGUUUCGAUACAACGUACCGAACAAACAAUCAAUAUCGUCCAUUAGGUUAGUAUUUUUUGCUUUUAAAUUAGUACUGAGUUGAUUUGGUUCAUUUAAAACUGGAAUAUAUCUGAAGUUUGACUUUCAGUAGUUUAUACAAUGAAACCAUUACUCUUGGUAAAUGGUUUCAGUUUAUAACUUGCUGAAACCAUAAAACCAUACUUAUGGUUUCAAUGUUAUAUUUCUCUUUUUUUUUUAGGUGUUUUGUAUAUCCCCCUACCAACCAUACAUAGCUAGCUAGUUGUGUAUAAUUUUGAUUUUGCUUUUGAUCUUGAUUUUGAUUCAAUUAUAAUGUCUUUUGUAAACAAUGAGAUUGUAGUUCUUUCUAAUUGAAACAAAUACACACAUGACUAGCUACAUAUGAUAGAAACAAAUAUACACUGAAACCAUUAAUAUUGGUAAAUGGUUUCAGUAUAUAACUUACUUAUGAUUGCUUUAUAUAUGUUGUAAUUUGUUUUGAUUUGGUUCAUUUAUUUUUGCAUCCGCCUUUCUUGGUUUUGACAAUCAUCGCAAGAGUGUCUUAUUUGGUGCUGCCUUACUGUAUGAUGAGACAGCUGCUACUUUUGAUUGGUUAUUUACCACAUUCUUGAAGUGCAUGUCUAAUAAGAAACCACAGACGAUAUAUACAGACCAGGCUACUGCGUUGUUGAAGUCAGUUCCGAAUAUUUUUCAAGGUGUUUUCCAUGGUCUUUGUUCGUGGCACAUGUCAGAGAAUGCAAAGAAAAAUCUCGGUACUCGUGCGAACAGUUCCUUUUUUGAUGAGAUAACUAAUUUGAUUUCAAAUGUAGAAGACGAAUCAGAUUUUGACUACAAUUGGGAUCAGAUGAUGAAAUUUUUUUUUGUUGAAAGGCCUAUUUCAGACUGGACAUGGCUUGUCCAGACUCAUAGGAAUCGUAUGCACUGGUCUUCAGCUUGGAUCAAGUCACAUUUUACAGCUGGUCUGAAGACGACUCAGUUAAGUGAGUCUUUCAAUGCUUUUCUUCGUGGAUUUUUGCAGCCAUACCAUUCACUUGUUCAAUUCUUUAGUCAUUUCAACGUUAUGGUUCAGAGGAUGAGGGAUAAUCAUGCUGAUUUGGACUUCAAGGCUGCUAACACUAGAACAAGAAAAAAUUACCCCAAC